CCGGCAGCCCGUGCCGGCAUGGCGGCGCCUGGCGCUUAGGGCCGCACGUGUGGGACUCGCUGUGGGGACCCGCCGCCGCCACCAUGAAGAGCAAGCCCACGGCCCACAAGUCGGGCAACACGCACCGGUUUCUUACCUUUUCGGAGCGCCUAAGCAACAUUAAUAUUGAUAUUAUUCAUCGGAUUGACAGAACUGGGAGCUAUGCUGAGGAGGUUGAAACCUACUUUUUCGAAGGACUGCGGAAAUGGAAGGAGCUGAACCUCACUCGCCAUUUUGUGCAAUUCUAUAAUGAAGUGGCCAACAAAUGCCAGUCCUUCAACCAGCUGGUUUAUUACCAAAGUGCUGUUGUGCAGAGCUUGAAGACACAUCUGCAAGUCGAAGGCAGUCUUGCUUACCAGCCCCUAUUAAAUCUAGUGGUGCAGCUGGCUCGAGAUCUUCAGGCUGACUUCUAUCCUCACUUUCAUGACUUCUUCCUGGCCAUCACCAAGUUAUUGGAUACACAGGAUACAGAGCUGUUAGAAUGGGCUUUUACCUCUCUUUCCUAUCUCUACAAGUAUUUGUGGAGAUUGAUGGUGAAAGACAUACACAAUAUAUACAGCCUGUACAGCACCCUGCUGGCUCACCACAAACUCCACAUCAGAAACUUUGCUGCUGAAAGUUUUGUCUUUCUAAUGAGAAAGGUUUCUGAUAAAAAUGAACUCUUCAAUUUAAUGCUCCGUGACCUGGGAGAGCACCCAGAAAAGGUGGAAGGUGUAGGACAGCUGCUGUUCGAGAUGUGCAAGGGUGUUCGGAACAUGUUCCACUCCUGUGCAGAGACGGCUGUGAAGUUAAUUCUGAUGAAGCUGGGGCCUAUGACUGAAGAAGAAAUUGAGCUACCAUGGGUAGCUGUUGGAGAAGCCUUCAAGCAGAUGAUCAAAUCAGCUGCAGUGCAUAUCCAUAAGGAGCAUUUUGACAUUGUCUUCAAGUGCCUGGAGGAGUCACUCCUAGAUUUGCAGAGGAAAAUAACGAAGGUCAACUGCUCUGUGGCUUCAGAGCAGAUGGAAAGGAUUCUACAGGCUUAUCUGAUCUUAGUGGAACAUGCAAAUGGAUCUAAAAUCUCACUGCCUGAAGAUGUCUGUCAGGUUUUAAUGAAAAUGUUACAGACACCAUAUCUCUCAUCAUCUUGCUGCAAGAUGUUGCUGAAUGCCAUUUCUGCAUUCCUGCUGGCAGAAAAUGUUUUGUUGCCAGAUUCUUUGACCAAGGAAGCUAUUCAAAAGGUAUUUGCAAGUAGAUUUGAACGGCAUUUUCUUUUGGACUUCUCUGAAGCAAUGUUCACAAUGAAGCAAUUUGAGAGGCAUUUUCUCCCAUGCUUUCUAGAAUACAUUGAACGUUGCUUCUCUGGCACAGAUGCCAUCACAAAGGAUGAGGCCGUGGCAAUUCUGGCUAAACUCAUUUUGGUGAAAGCAGAACCUCCUACAAUUGGUUCAAUGGCAUUUGAAAAGUAUCCUCUUGUUUUCACUGAGGCAUCUGUCAGCUCUAAUACAAGGCAACAAACAAGUAAAAGACAAGGAGAAAAGACAGGAGUACCAGUGUUGGAUCAUGUACUGUCCUUAAUGCAUUUACCAGAGAAGGAAGACAUCACUGACCUUUCACAGUCUUGGGUUGCCUUGGUUGUACUACCACAUAUAAGACCAAUGAACAAAGACCACAUCCUGCCUCAUGUGACAAGUUUUAUAGACUCUCUCUUCACAGCCAUUGACAAAGGAAGCCUCUGCAAAGGAAACCUGUUUGUGGCCUGCCAAGCUGUAAGUACUCUCCUUAGUUUGGUGGAAUCUGCUGAAGUACUCCAUUUGUUACCUGUGGAGCGUGUCAAGAGCUUGGUGACCACUUUCCCUUCAGACCCCUCUGCAUUGCUGUUGGCUGAUCUCUAUUACACGAGGCUGGCACUAUGUGGCUGCCAGGAGCCCCUUUCCCAAAGGAACCUAAUGGACUUGUUUGAGAAGUUGCAUCCUAAUAUUUCCACUGGUGUUUCCAAGGUCCGGCUGUUGACGGUUCGAAUUCUAAACCAUUUUGAUAAUCCACCUUCUGCACAGAUUGAGGGUGAUGGCACAGGGGAAUUCCAGCCAUUAUUUGCCAUAUUGCUCCAAGCAGAACUUGUGCCAGCAACAGUGAAUGAUUACAGAGAAAAACUUCUCCAUUUGAGGAAACUAAGAUGUGACAUAGUGCAGCCUGCAAUACCAAGUGGAUCUUUACAGGAGGUGCCUCUUCGGUAUUUACUAGGAAUGCUUUAUAUUAACUUCAGCCCUCUCUGGGAUCCUGUAAUUGAACUUAUAACUUCUCAUGCAAAGGAAAUGGAGAAUAAACAGUUCUGGAAGGUCCUGUAUGAACAUUUGGAGAGGGCUGCUAGCUAUGCUGAAAUGGAGCUGCAAGAUGAAUUAGAUGAACAGGAGGAGAGCAUUGCUGAAACAGAAAGUGAGAAGAUGCCAGAAGGAGAGGUGGGGACUGUCUUUCUGGAGCAGCUGAGGAGUAGAACAGAUUGCAGUGAACGGCUGGACCACACAAAUUACAGGUUCCUACUUUGGAAAGCACUGGAUAAGUUUCCAGACAGAGUGGAGCCACGGUCGAGGGAACUUUCUCCACUUCUUUUGAGAUUCAUUCGAAAUGAGUACUACCCAGCAGAUUCCUUAGUGGCUCCAUCUCAGGAUCUCAGAAGGAAAAUUAGUGGUACCAUAGCAGCAAAACAAAUACCCACUGAAGAGGUGAAUGAUGUUGCUAUGGAGGAGGAGGAGGAGGAGGAAGAAGAAGAAAAGGAAGAAGGGGAACCAAUUAGUAUAGGAGUACCAAAAAAGAAAACAAGAAGAGCUGCUGCUAAGCAACUAAUAGCCCACUUACAAGUUUUCUCAAAAUUCUCAAAUCCUCGUGCAUUGUUUUUGGAGCAGAAGUUGAAUGCCUUGUAUACCCAGUUACUGUCUCAUCAAGACCAGAAUGUACAGAGAAUAGCUCUUGACUGUAUAAUGACAUACAAGCAUCCUCAUCUACUGCCAUACAGGGAGAACUUGCAAAGGCUACUGGAGGACAAGAGCUUUAAAGAAGAGAUAGUCCAUUUCAGUAUUUCUGAGGAGACCACGGUGGUAAAAACAGAGCACCGACCAGAUCUCAUCCCUGUUCUUAUGAGAAUUCUCUAUGGCAGAAUGAGAAACAAAACUGGGAACAAAACACAGGGCAAGUCUUCAGCGAGCACUCGCAUGUCGAUCGUUCUGCGAUUUCUGGCCGGCUCGCUGCCAAAAGAGAUCCGGAUGUUCUUGGAUCUGCUCUUUGAAGCUGUGAAGCAAUUCAGUAAUGGGCCUUGCCAGACUGCAGUCCUUCAAAGUAUGUCAGAGUUGGAUUUAGCUAAAGUCCUGCCUCUUGGGCGUCAGCAUAGCCUCUUCAAUGGUCUUGAGGUUGUGUUGAAAAACAUGGGACAUUUGAUCCAGCAAUACCUGCCUGAAAUUCUACAGAUUCUGCUCUGCAUGACUGCAGUGGUAUCCUGCAUCCUCCAGCAAAGAGAGAAGGUCCAACCUAGGUUGAUUAAUCCACUGAAGAAUUUGAGACGUCUUGGUCUCAAGCUUGUGGCAGAGUUUUUUUCUGAUUAUGAGACCUACAGCUUUAGUGUGGAAGAGAUUGAUGCAGUUUUCCAUGCUGUGGUAUGGCCUCAGGUCUGCAGAUUGGCUUCAGAGAGUCAGUAUUCUCCAACUUUUCUGCUCAAACUCAUUCACACCUGGAGUAAGAACCCCAGGUAUUUCCCUUUGCUGGCCAAGCAGCAGCCAGAUCAUCCAGAGAGUGAUAUACUGACAAAUGUUUUUGCUGUGCUGUCAGCCAAGAAUCUGUCUGAGGCCACAUCCAGCCUUGUGAUGGACAUUGCUGACAGCCUUCUCAACAGCCCAGAUUUUGAACCCACGGAGCAGGUUUCCAGUCUGAGCGUGACUGACUGUGUUGUCAUGGCCACUGGAGACGUGACAGAAGAGCCCCUCAGCCUAGGUUGCCAGUUGGUCCUGCCUCAUGUUCCUGCCAUACUUCAGUACUUCAGCAAAACAAUGUUAAGUAUGGAGAAGGUGAAAAAGAAGAAGUACAGAGCUCAAGUCAGCAAAGAGCUGAGUAUACUUUCCAAGAUCAGCAAAUUCAUACAAGAAAAGAGCCAGAAUUCAGUGCUUGUGAGCCUUCUCAUCCCUUUCCUUUAUCAGACUAACAUGGAGCAGGGUACCCAAAUUGACAUUCUGGAGACGGUGCAGAACUUGCUGAGGCAUUGCUCAAACCCUACAAGCUUUCUCAAACCACUGGCAAAGCUUUUUUCUGUUAUCCAGAACAAACUGUCUCGAAAUAAGUUGUGCUUGGUAUUUCAGACUUUAUCUGACUUGGAUGCUAAGCUGAAGUACAUUACUGAUGUUGUUAAGCUGAAUGCCUUUGAUCAGCGACAUCUGGAUGAUAUUGACUUCGAUGUGCGUCUGUCAGCAUUUCAGUCAAUCACAGCCCACAUCAAGGAAAUGCAUACAGUGGAUACUGACUUCCUCAUCCCUGUUAUGCACAACUGCUUCUACACCAUCCAGCUCGGGGACAUGGCUCUCAGUGACAAUGCAAGCCUUUGCUUGACCAGUCUCAUCCACCGACUGGCAGAGAUCAGCCACACAGAAGAUGAGUACAAGGAGCUAAUCCAGCACGCUCUUCUGGAGUCUGUGAGAAGGGGUCUGAAGAGUAAGACUGAGAGUAUCCAGCAGGACUACACAUCACUGCUUUCGUGCCUCAUUCAGACAUUCCCAACAAAUCCUGAAUUCCAGGAUUUGGUCCAGCUGACUAACCGCCAUGAUCCUGACAUGGACUUCUUUGAGAACAUGAAACACAUGCAGAUCCACAGGAGAGCACGAGCUCUGAGGAAGCUGGCAAAGCAGCUCACUGAAGAAAAGCUUGUGCUGUCUUCUAAAUCCCUGCAGAACUACAUCAUGCCUUAUGCUACAACUGCAAUUUUCAGUGAAAAAAUGCUUAAGCAUGAAAACAUGGUAACAGCCUCGGUUGAAGUUGUUGGAGCUGUCUGCCGACACCUUUCAUGGUCAGCCUAUUUGUACCACUUAAAGCACUUCAUCCACGUCUUGCAAACAGGACAGAUCGGUACGAAGCUGGGAGUCAGCUUGUUAGAGACAGUGCUGGAAGCCUUUCACUUUGACCAUAAAACACUUGAAAAGCAGCUUGUGACCAUUGACAACCAAGAAGCUGCUGCCAUGGACCUUGAGCCAGUGGUGGAGGCUGAAGAAGCCAUGGAGCUGGAGCAGAGUGAAGGGGAAGAGGAGGAAGCUGAAGAAAAAAAUGGGAAGAAUCUUUCUGAGAAGCCAGUAGAACCUGAGCAAGCAGCUGAGCCAUCUGAAAAUGCUAAACAAGUGCCCAAACCUGUUUCAUUCUUACCCCGAAAUAAAGAGGAGCUUCAGUGUCUGAUCCAACACAUUCAAGAAACAGUUACAGUCAACAUCUUGCCUAAAUUGCACAGGUGUAUUGUUGCAAAGGUUAAAAGAGACGAGGAGCACAAGCUUGUGAAAUCCAAUGUUGUGAAUGAUGAUGAGGUAGUUCGUGUUCCAUUAGCUUUUGCAAUGGUCAGAAUGAUGCAGUGUCUUCCCCAGGAAGUGAUGGAAGCCAACCUACCAAGCAUCCUACUGAAAGUCUGCACGUUCCUGAGAAACAGAUUUCAGGAAAUACGGGACAUUGCUCGCAACACCCUCAUUAAAAUCAUGGAAGUGUUGGGAGUGCACUACCUUCUGUAUAUCCUAAAGGAGAUGCGGUCUGCACUCAUCCAUGGCUACCAGCUCCAUGUGCUGACUUUCACUGUGAACCUGUUACUGAAGGGCCUUACUACCAGGCUCAGUGCUGGUGAUUUGGACCCCUGUUUGGAUAUCCUGAUUGAGAUUUUCAACCAAGAGUUGUUUGGGAAUGUAGCUGAAGAGAAAGAAGUGAAGGGUAUUGUCUCCAAGAUCAUGGAAGCACGCAAAAACAAGAGCUACGAUUCCUAUGAAAUUCUUGGGAAGUUCAUAGGAAGGGGCCAGGUGACAAAACUUAUUCUGCCACUGAAGGAGACUCUGGAGAGCACCACAAGCUUGAAGAUAGUCCGGAAGGUGCAUGAGGCACUGCGUCACAUCAUGGCAGGGCUCAUCUUCAACUCAGACAUGAAUGCAGAAUCCCUCCUCCUCCUCAGUCAUGGUCUCAUCAGUGAAAAUUUGCCUCUGCUCACUGAGAAGGCCAAGAAAAAAGCUGCCCCUCCUCCAGACCCUCGGCUGCAACCAGAGAGCUGCCUGCUGCUCCAGCCCACUCCCACAAGAGGAGGGCAGAAAGCUCGUGUCAGCAGCAGGACUAACACAUAUAUCCUGGUUGAUUCAGGACUUCGGCUACUGCACAUGAGCCUGAAGAGAUCCAAAGUAAAUUCUUCUGAGGAACAUGCUUUGGAAAUGCUAGACCCUUUUGUUCAGCUGCUUAUAGACUGCCUGAAAUCUAUGGAUGUCAAGGUGAUAACUGGUGCUCUGCAAUCCUUGGUAUGGAUUUUAAAGUUCCCUUUGCCUUCUGUCAGUACAAAUAUGGAGUCACUGAUCAAGCAGCUUUUCCUCUUGCUGAAAGAGUUUGCCAAGACAGGAAUAGCCAAAGGCCAGAAUUUCCACCUGGUUGUGAGCUGUUUCAAAUGUGUAACAAUACUUGUGAAGAAUGUAAAGAGUCAGAUAACAAGCAAACAGCUCCAAGUGUUGCUUGGCUUUGCUGAAGAAGACAUUUAUGAUUCAUCACGUCAAGCCACUGCCUUUGGCCUUCUCAAGGCUAUUUUAUCCAGGAAGCUGAUUGUCCCUGAAAUUGAUGAUGUGCUGCAGAAGGUUGCCCAGCUGGCCAUCACGGGUCAGAGUGAGCCAGUGCGAGUCCAGUGCAGGCAGAUUUACUUAAAAUACAUUCUGGAUUACCCUCUUGGUGACAAACUGAAACCCAAUUUGGAUUUCAUGCUCGCACAGCUGGAGUAUGAGUAUGAAACUGGGAGGGAAUCUGCACUGGAGAUGAUUGCGUACCUCCUCGACACGUUCCCGCAGGAUCUCCUGCACAAAUACUGUGGGCUGUUUUUUCUCUCUCUUUGUAUGAUGAUGAUAAAUGAUGACUCAGCCAAAUGCAAAAAGAUGGCGGCUUUGACAUGUAAAUCUCUUCUCCGUAAGAUCAGCAAUGAAAAACAAGAUCUGAUGUUUUCACUGGUCACUGAGUGGUUUCACAGCAAAAAGAGCUCACACAGGAGGUUGGCUGCCCAGGCAUGCGGUUUGUUUGUUGAAGUGGAUGGAGUAAUGUUUGAACGGCGCCUUGCAGCAGUCCUCACUUUGAUUGAAAAAGAAAUCAACCCAAGUAGAUUUGAAAAUAUAACCAAAGAAGAAGAGGAGAAGGCUGCAGAUAGGCUGCUAUUCAGCUUUCUUGUGCUGGUAAAAAAGCUAAUCACAGAGUGCAACUUGAUCCAGUUAACCAAGCACAGUGAUGUUGUGAGCAGAAUCUGGGAUCAUGUCCAGUCUCACCUGUGGUAUCCUCAUAGCUGGGUCUGGCUGACAGCCACUGAGAUCUUUGGCUUGUUGUUUGCAUCUUAUAAGCCAGAAGAUCUUGUCAACAAAUGGAAGGAAAGAAAGUCAGGGAAGAGAAGAAAGACACCAGCAGAGCUGUCUGCAUCCACAGUCUUCUUGACUGCUGAACUGGACAAAAAGAUGAAGGAACUCGCGUUUGCAUUCUGCCAUCAGCUGCAGUCCAAGUUCCUGGACAUGUCUCUGAGUGAGCAGGUUAUAAAGAAUUUACUUUUUGUGGCCAAAGUUUUUUACUUGCUAGCCCCUGCCUCAGAAGAAGGUAAAGAGGCAGAUGGAGAGCUCAGGUCUGAAGUGGAAGAGCAGGAGGUAUCAGAGGAUGAGAGAGAUACUUCUGCUCAAGGAGAGGAAGAAAGAGAGGACACACAGGAGAAAGGCCAGCCAGCCACACUGCUGUGGUUAAUGAAGAAGCUCUCUGUCAUGGGGAAGAGAGAAGCAGCAUAUUCCCCUAAGGUCCCUUUAAAGAGAAGCUGCAUCUUUAAGUUCCUGGGAGCAAUCUCGGUGGAUCUGGGGCAAGACAGGAUCAAGCCCUACCUUCCAACAAUUCUCACCCCUCUGUACAGGGAGCUGAACAGCAACUAUGCAGAGCAAGAUCCAACACUGAAGAACCUUUCCCAAGAAAUCAUAGAACUUCUCAAGAAGUUAGUGGGGCUGGAGGCCUUUUCACUGGCCUUUUCUUCUGUGCAGAAACAGGCCAACCAGAAAAGAGCAAUGAGGAAAAAGCAAAGGGCUUUGCAGACUGUAGCAAAUCCUGACAUUGCUGCAAGGAGGAAGCUGAAGAGACACAAGAAUAAAGCAGAAACCAGGAAGAGAAAGAUAGAAUCCCUGCGUCCUAUGUACAAGGCCAAGCGACAUCGAAGUAAUGCGCUAAAAGAUUUGGCAAUGGUGGAAUGAAAGGGCUUUUCCUGGAGGAUUAAUUUAUAAAAAGUAAUACUGAGUUAAAGAACUAAUUACUGUUUUUAAAAGUACUUACAUAUUUCAGUUGUAUUUAUUAGUAUUUUUAUGUCCUUUUUCAUCAAGGAUCUUAAGUAAAAACUUCUAAAUUUUUUCCAAACCUGUAUAUUUACCAGAGCAUGUACAGUUGAAUGGGAAACAACUAUGAUAUUUUAUAUUAAAUUUGACUUCAUUUGUAAGAAAUGGGUUCUGUGAUGAUUGCAUUUCUGCCUGUGAGCACACUGGUCUGACUCCUGACUUUGAUUUGGCCUUCAGUUUCUGCAGCUACACUGAGCUACUUACCUGUCACUUCUGGCUGAGAGUGCAGGAACAACAGCUCAUGAAGGUGGAAGUUCAAUUCAAGUCACUGCCCUGGCACAUCAGGGCAGUAGUGUGUGCUGAAGACAAUGGUUUUCCUUUCAGACACCCCCUGAAUGCCAUGUUGGCAGCCAGAGGUGCACUGUUUGUGCUCCCUUGCUGUACCUCACUGUAACACUGUGUCUGCACUGCAGAUGCACCUCUGCAGCUGUUCAGCUACGUGGCUGCUGGAACUGGCAGCCUUGGACUUGUUCCUGUAAAGCAAGCAGCAAGCAAGCAGCCUCUAGGAAGCAGCACACGCUGGGUAUAGCUGACAGUUCCAGAUUUUAUUAGUGUUCUAUCUACACCAAUAUGCUGGCCACCAAACCACCAAAGGAAGGGGGGAUGACAAAAAAAAAA